AUGUCAUCAAGGGCUUUUGGCUCCAGGUUUUGGAAAUACUCCGGUCCAUUCUUUAAACAUUCAAGAGCUUAUAGACAUAAAUAUAACUUUUCAAAUAAAAUUACAUUAUCAACAUGUCGUUGUAUACUAUUAGUUGGUGCAUCGAAUACUGAUUCGUUCACAGGUUUUAGUUUUAAAGACUUACUUUCACCCAUUAUUCAUAAUGAAACGCUAUCUCCUGAUUCAAAGGGAGACACAUUGGAAAUGGGAUUAUAUAUUGCAUCACAGCGUGAAUUAGAGGAAUCAAAAGCAAGAGAUGCUGAACUUGCAAUAAUGCAAUCAAAAAAUAUACUUACCAGACAAUUGAGACGACUAGUAUAUUACGUGACAGAUUUACUAGAACCACUUUUUGUUACGAUUCGUUUCCUGGAACUAUCAAUAAUCUUUGUUCCUAUUCUAAUAACGUAUCCAAUAUCUUUUUUUGGGAAGAGAAUAUAUUAUGGUAAUGACAUAGUAGAAACACAAGGUUCUUUGGUGUGGUACCGUCUAUUUAGAAAAGCUUUAGAGCUUGCUGGUCCAAGCUUCAUAAAGUUAGGACAAUGGGCAAGUUCAAGAACUGAUAUAUUUCCUCAUGGGUUUUGUAAUGAAUUUAGCAACCUUCACAGCAAUUCAAAACCUCAUCCAACUAAAUACAGCAUCAGUAAGAUAUGUGAAACUUUAAAUAUUGAAGAAGAUGAGUUCAACACAGUUUUUGAAGAAUUCCAAAGUAAACCAUUAGGGAUUGGUGCAAUUGCACAAGUACAUUUAGGGAAAUUAUCACAAGAUUAUUUUCUAAAGGAACACGAUAGUUUGGGGUUGGACUUCUACCAGUUAUCUUCCAGUUGGGUAGCAAUUAAAAUUAUUCAUCCCAAUGCUAGAAGUAAAAUUAGAAGAGAUUUAAAAAUAAUGGAAAAUUUUGCGAAUGCUAUCAAUGCUCUCCCCACCAUGGAAUGGUUGUCAUUGCCUGAUGAAGUUUAUAACUUCUCAAUAUUAAUGAAUCUCCAACUGGAUUUAAGAAUAGAGAGUUUAAACUUGGACAAGUUCAAUCAAAAUUUCAAAAAUUCGAUACAAGUUAAAUUUCCAAAAUCAAUAAAAGAAUUAUCAAAUAAAGAUGUUCUAUUUGAAGAGUAUAUGGAUGCUAUGCCUAUGGAUACUUUUUUGAAAUAUAAGGAUUUAAUUAAAGAUAUUGACUUACGCAAGAAGGUGAGUGAUGUCUUCAUUGAUGCUUUUUUACAAAUGUUAGUUCUUGAUAACUUUGUUCAUGCUGAUUUGCAUCCUGGAAAUGUAAUGAUCAGGUUUAUAAAGACAAAUAGAUAUGAAACAAAAUUGGAAUCUACUGAAAGUGAAAUUUCAGAUAUUAUGAGAAAUUUAAAGUCAAGUAUGAAAAACGAUGAUACUGAUAUUUUCGUUAAGAAUUUAUCAAAUGCUUUGCAAUCAUAUGCAGCACAAAUAUGUUUGAUCGACACUGGUUUAGUCACUGAGUUGAAUAGCUUAAAUAGAGUCAAUUUCAUUGACCUAUUCAAUGCAUUAGCUAGAUUUAAUGGUUACAAAGCUGGUGAGUUAAUGAUAGAGAGAUCUAAAUCACCAGAAACUGCCAUCAACAAAGAAAUAUUUGCAUUUAAAGUCGAGAAGCUAGUCAGUAAAGUUAAACAAAGAACAUUUACAUUAGGGACGGUCUCCAUUGGAGACCUAUUGGAUCAGAUGUUAGGAAUGGUUAGAGCACAUCAUGUUAGAUUGGAAGGUGAUUUCGUGUCUGUGAUUGUGGCUAUUCUAUUAUUAGAAGGUAUCGGAAGAAGGCUAGAUCCACAUCUAGAUCUUUUCGAAAGGUUCGUAUCAUAUUCAUUAAUAGAAGGCCUGAUUUGA